AUGAAAGAGAUCAUGAUCAACGGACCGGUGGAAGCAGUUUUCAACGUAUACGAGGAUUUUGUCAACUACGCAUUCGGCAUUUAUCAACACACCACCGGGAAGUUGCUUGGUGGUCAUGCGGUGCGCCUUUUGGGUUGGGGCGAAACCGGCGGUGAGAAGUACUGGCUGGCGGCCAAUUCAUGGAACGACCAUUGGGGAAUGUGGGGCUUCUUUCAAAUUGCCCGCGGUAAAAACGAGUGCGGUAUCGAAUCCGGUGUAACCGCCGGAAUUCCGAGGAAAAAAACUCAUGAAUUGUACGAAAAACAUACUUAA